CCCUUGUAGAAGCGUGGCUACUUCUCCCUUCCGGCGCCGUGCUGCGUGCUGAGCAGUUGACACCAUGCAAUCAGAUGAUGUUAUCUGGGAUACAUUGGGAAACAAACAGUUUUGUUCCUUCAAAAUAAGAACAAAGACUCAAGGCUUUUGCAGAAAUGAAUAUAGCUUGACUGGACUGUGUAAUCGGUCAUCUUGUCCCCUAGCAAAUAGUCAGUAUGCCACUGUCAAAGAAGAAAAAGGACAGUGCUACUUGUACAUGAAGGUUAUAGAACGAGCAGCUUUUCCUAGGCGUCUCUGGGAACGGGUCCGGCUUAGUAAAAAUUAUGAAAAAGCACUGGAGCAAAUAGAUGAAAAUCUGAUUUACUGGCCCCGCUUCAUUCGACACAAAUGUAAGCAGAGAUUCACCAAGAUAACCCAGUACCUAAUUCGAAUUAGAAAACUUACACUAAAGCGACAGAGGAAACUUGUUCCUUUGAGUAAGAAGGUAGAACGUAGGGAGAAAAGAAGAGAGGAAAAGGCAUUAAUAGCUGCUCAGCUGGACAAUGCCAUUGAGAAGGAAUUGCUGGAGAGACUGAAACAAGAUACGUAUGGCGACAUCUACAACUUCCCCAUUCAUGCCUUUGACAAGGCUCUGGAACAGCAGGAAGCAGAGAGUGAUUCUUCAGAAGCAGAGGAGAAAGAGGAUGAUGAGGAGGAUGAAGAUGUAGGAGAAAAAGAGUUCGUGGAAGAUGAUGAAGUGGAUGAGAGUGAACUAAGUGAUUUUGAGGACAUGGAUAAACUGGAGGCCAGUGAUGAUGAUCAGUCAUCCAGUGAAGAAGAACAGGCUAACUCGAAACACAAAGGGAAAACACCCCUGAAAGGAGCUUUGCGCAGAAAACGAGCCUAUGUGGAGAUAGAAUAUGAACAGGAGACAGAGCCCAUGGUCAAAGCCAAAACCACAUGAUCUCUCUGCAAAUGUAAUCAAGCCUGAGCAUCCUGAGGUUUUUCUAUUACACAUACACCUCCAGUUUUUUGCUCUUUUGUAUUAUAUGUCACACAAUAUUUGUGUUUUUAAUAUUUAUGUUAUUUCACUGGGGCAAGAAAUAUAGACUGAAUGGAGGAAACUCGUUAGGUUAUGAAGGGUGUUUUUAUAGCUUAUGUGUUGAAGUGACAGCUUGAACCUAAGAAACUUAACAGAUGAAUUCCUGGAAGUGGAAUGAGGUUGUGGGUGUAAAUAUUUCUAAAUUUUUAGCACUGAAUUCCUUUGUGUCCUUUUCUACUAAUUUUUUUUUAGAUAUGGUCUCGCUAUGCAGUUCAGGCUUACUUUGUAGCCCAGGUUGGUCUCCAACUCACAGCAGUCCUCCUACCUUGAAUUCCCAAGUAGUGGAGUUACAAGAGUGCGCCACCACUACACUGGCUACUUAAACAUCAUUUAGAAAUGAUAGAAUUUCAAUUUUUUUUCUUGUUCCUAUUUUGUUAUUUCUUAAUGAAUGAAAAGGAAUGAGAAGGAAAAAACAAAA